UGCCUCACGGGAUGACCUCUGACCCGGAAGCACCUUUCACAAUCGGCACCUAACAACACGGAUGUGCCGUUAGCAUCUCUGCUAGCUGCUAACCAGGUCCGGGAAGUUGCAAUAUUCCACCUGAGCACUGAGUCCCGACGAAGCGUCCGAGGAUCAACGUGUCCGGUGUUUGCUCGUCUGUGAAGUUCAAACUGCACCGGGUCUCACCGAGGCUAAGUUAGCUUAGCAUCAGCUAACGCUAACCCGAGGCCAGAGGCUGCAGCGUCUUGUGUCCGAGCCGACGUGGAUGUUUGGUGUAUAACUGUGGUUUAACCAGCAUGUUAACGUCACCACAGCAGCACGUGUUCACUGUGUAGCUGGAGGUUUCAUGGUGUAGCUCGGCAGGAGAUUAGCCAAAGAGAACAAGGAGCUAGCAGUCAUGGACGAUUUCAGCUCGAUCAGCCUGUUGUCUCUGGCCAUGUUGGUGGGAUGCUACGUGGCCGGGACGAUACCUCUGGCUGUCAACUUCUCAGAGGAGAAGCUGAAGCUGAUCACGGUGCUGGGAGCGGGGCUCCUCUGUGGCACUGCCCUGGCUGUGAUCAUCCCUGAGGGGGUCCACGCACUGUAUGAAGAGAUCCUUGAAAGUGGGCAUCACAGCCCCGGCCAGGUCGGGGGGGCAGAGGUGUCCGACUCCAAGGUGAACGCAGCAGCCGCCCUCGGCGUCGCUGAGAAACACGAGCACAGUCACGAGCACCUCCACGCCUGCAUCGGCGUGUCUCUGGUGCUGGGCUUCGUCUUCAUGCUGCUGGUGGAUCAGAUCGGCAGCGCUCACGUGCACAGCACCGCUGAAGAUCCAGAGUCAGCGAGAGCCGCCUCCUCAAAGAUCACCACCACCCUGGGUCUGGUGGUCCACGCUGCAGCUGACGGCGUGGCGCUCGGAGCUGCAGCCUCGACCUCUCAGACCAGCGUGCAGCUCAUCGUCUUCGUGGCUAUCAUGCUGCACAAGGCCCCGGCGGCGUUCGGUCUGGUGUCUUUCCUGAUGCAUGCUGGUCUCGAGAGGAACCGCAUCCGCAGACACCUCCUGGUCUUCGCCCUGGCGGCGCCUGUCCUCGCCAUGCUCACAUUUGUAGGCCUCAGUCAGAGCAGCAAAGAGGCCCUGUCAGACAUCAACGCCACCGGUGUGGCCAUGCUCUUCUCCGCCGGCACCUUCCUGUACGUAGCCACCGUCCACGUCCUCCCAGAGGUGGGGGGGGGCGGCCACAGCCACGCUUCCGCCGGAGGGAACGGAGGGAAAGGCUUGAGCAAGGUGGAGGUGGGAGCUCUGGUGCUGGGCUGCCUCAUUCCACUGGUGCUGUCUGUGGGGCACCACCACUAGACCCCGGCUCAGGACGGGUUACAGACGGGUGAACAGGGAACGAAGCUGAAACGGAGACUUCAGACUUGGUGGAUAUAAAUGUCUUAUUGCUUGUCGGCUGAUGGACCGCGGGGACCAGGCUCGUUUCGGGCACAUCUCAUGACUCAGAACCGGAGUGGACCGAGGCGGGGGGGGGGUGAAUGAUGCUCGGGAAGUAAGAGCUGAAUGAAAUUGACGCCACACAACACAGUGGUUUUCUCCUGACACCCCCGACUGAUCCUGGUACAGCUGCUGUAUGUGUUGAUCCUUUUCUGACUUGGGCCACCGGACGGUUCAGUCUAUUCACGUCACUCUGGAGUUUUCAGUGUUGCUUUAUCACUGCUUGUCCAAAGUCAAAGAAUCAACCCUGAUCUCGAUUCCCGUGAUGUUCUGCUCGACGGCUGCUGCACAGUGAGAUUAAGAUCAAGCUUGUGAUGCUGAGAACGUUUUUUUUUUUUUAAUUGUGUGUAAUUGUACAGCUCUCUCUAAAGUACGGAAUAAUUAGAAAUGAUUUAUGAAGUGCCAUAAUUGCAAGUUUGAAACCGACCCCCGAUGAAACAGCUCUUUACAGACUUUACAGUUUGUAAAUGGAUUUUGUUUUCAUGGACACUUGUGUGUUUUCUACAAAUGAACACGUUCAGAUUUCUGGUCCAAUUCACAUCCGUCACUCUUUAUUUGACCUGCUAACUUUCUGGAUGUGUUCAUUUCUGCUCUGUUUAACUUGGAGGUGAAUCAUAAAUGGUUGUUAGGAAAACUCUGUAUUGAAAAGUGACUGUGUUGUUUAUUUGGAGGUGGGGUGGGGGGGGGAUUCCAGCAGGUGAAGGUUCCUCAAGGUCGUUAACUCGCUGAACUCGUGUCAGGACCACCGGCUCAGGAGGACACACAUUUACAGAUUUCUUAUUUAGUUUUCUCCUCGAGGAUUUAUUAAUUAUACCUGAGGAACAAUUGUAAAAACUGAAAGUCACCUUUUCCUCCGGAGUGCAGCCGGGUCUGAAAGUGGCACAGAGCGGUUUGUUGUGUGAUUCAAACACCCAGGACCAGUUGAUGCAUUGUAUGUGUUUGUAUAUGUAUAUUAUUCACAGCAACUUCUUCCUUCUACAACUAUCAUCGUCUCCUGUGUGAGAUGGAACUGCUUAUAGUUCUAAUUUUUAUUUUAUGUUGACAGGGACAAAUUUGACAGGGACAAAUUUUGCAGUACAGACACAGUACAGACGCUCCGUGUAAAUAUUUAAAAAUCUCUCACUCGACUUCUCCCUUAAUUCUGAAGCUUCUACUCACCGCGGCCGUUUAACUUCCCGGUGUGAUAGAUAGAGAGAGAGAGAGAGAGAGAGAGGGAGAAGCGGGCGAGUCGCGUGCCGACCAGCAGCUGCAUGACUGUUUUAUUUUUAAUGAAAUACAAAAGGGGAAAAAAAAGAAAAGUUGGCCGACAUCAUGAGUGUGCAACGUCACCUGAAGCCCUGCUGAGAUUUCAUGGUUGUCAGUUCCUUGUGUUGAUUCAGGAUUCACUCGUGUUGUGAGUCCACGAAACCAAAAUCUGAUCAUGUGACGUUCAGACAAAACCAGAAAAUCCUCACAUUUCACAAAGAGGAUGAUUUUACAAGGAACUAUCGAUUAUAUCUCUGCUCUUGUGUGUGUGUGUCUGUGAUGCAUCAUUAAUCAAACGUCUGAAAUCUACUACGAAAGUAAUUCACUAAAUAAUCAGACUUAAUAAACAGCGACUAAAGUAUAAGCUCAUUUAUUGAGAGUUAAACAUUAAUAAAUAUCAUCAGGACUGCGGCUGCAGGAGGAUCACGUUGGACAGAUCCAGUUAAAACAAGCAUCUCAUCAAAUCCCAGUUUAAAGGUUAAUUCACGUCAGGUCGCAUUUAAGGAAGAAGCUGAAGGAAAGAUGGAUGAACUGUUUCUAUAAGUUCAACAGAGAUGUGUAGUAAAAUGAAAAUGUGUGAAGUUAUCAGAGUGGAAACACAGUGAGGUGGGAAUAUUUAAAUACUGCUCCGGUUAAUUGUCUCUGGCAAAAAGAAGGAUUCAUAUCACGUUAUAUAUGUUUAGGACGGUGACGGUUUCAUUGUGAUUUUGAACAUGUUUAAUUUGUUUAAAGGUUUUUUAUUGAGUGAAUUUAAAGAUGUAAAAAUACUGGGAUUUGAUUGGCCGUCAGCACCUGCCCUUUCAAAGUAAGAUAAUGUAAACGUGAAGAAUCGAAUCAAAAUAAACGAGAUAAUGUUUAAUCAGGUCAAAUAUUUUAUUUAUUAGACGUUGUGCUCAUGAUCAAAUUAUUUUGCAAUGUUUAAACUUCACUUUGUUCACGUUUACAUGUCUCAUCACACAUCUUGAUAAACAACUGUAAAACAUCUGCAGGUGAACUUUUCACACGUUACGAACAGGAAGUGAUGACGUCACAUGUUGAAUCCAGAGAGUUUUGGGAUCAGGUUAAUAUUUGGAAUUGUUUCUGUCUGCGUUUUCUUUAUUUUCUUUUUCUGUCAUUUUCUGUCAUUCCAGGAUGAGUCUGCCUUAUUUCCAGAUUUCUGAUUGUGAAAAUCUGUUGUAAAAGCAAAAAGUGUUUUAUGACAAUAAAAUUCAAGGUUUUUUAACUGGU